UCCGAUCCAUCCUUUAACACCACCAAGUUGGCCGCCGAUAUCUCUAGGAUUGGGCCUCUCACGCAUCUCACGAUGUUUCGUUGUUCUGCAGCUCGGCUCGCUUCCCCGUUUCUCAAGCGGGGUAUACGUCGGAAUCACACCAAAACAACCGAGAACACCUUCCGAUCGAGAGCCCUACCAAGGCCGUUCUGGAGUUCAAGUCGAGUGCUGCUCUUCACCACCUUGACCGGCACGACUACUUAUGUCGCAGGCACCAACAAUGAUGUCCUGAAAUUUCCAAUGUCAUGGCAGAAUACUCCUGCGCUACAAUAUGCUUCAAAAUCUCAGAUGGAAGACGCGAUCCAAGAGCUAAGGACAUCACUGGGGGAAGAUAUCGUCAGCACAGAUGAUGAGGAUCUUCUGAGACACGGUUAUUCAGAAUGGUCGUCCAUCAACAUUGACCAGCUACCUGUCGCUGUUGCGUAUCCUCAUUCUACAGAGGAAGUGUCCCAGAUCGCUCGGGUCUGUCACAAAUACAAGAUUCCUAUGAUACCAUAUUCUGGGGGUACGAGUCUAGAGGCAAACUUCUCGGCUCCGUAUGGAGGUAUGAGCAUUGACUUCACCUUCAUGGACCAGAUUGUAUCACUGCAUGCGGACGACAUGGAUGUGGUCGUCCAACCAUCAGUCGGCUGGAUGAACUUGAAUGACCAUAUCAAGGACUCUGGUCUCUUUUUCCCUGUAGACCCUGGUCCAUCGGCAAAAAUCGGUGGAAUGGUGGGAACAAGCUGCAGUGGGACCAACGCUGUGAGAUAUGGGACGAUGAAAGACUGGGUAAUCAAUCUCACGGUUGUCCUUGCUGACGGCACUGUCAUCAAGACCAGACGAAGACCCAGAAAAUCAUCCGCAGGGUACAAUCUGACUGGCUUAUUUGUCGGAUCGGAAGGCACACUUGGUCUGGUCACAGAGAUCACUCUGAAAUUGGCGGUGAUACCGCAAGAAACUAGCGUGGCAGUUGUGACAUUUCCGACGAUAAGGGAUGCAGCGGCUGCUGCGUCAAAGGUGAUGCGCGCAGGGAUUCCCGUGGCCGCGAUGGAAAUUAUGGAUGAUGUGCAGAUGGCAGUGAUCAACAGGGCUGGCUCCACUACAAAGAAGUGGAAGGAGGUACCGACCAUGUUUUUCAAAUUCUCAGGGACGAAAGCAGGGGUACAAGAAAACGUACGGCUUGUCAAGGCCCUCGCUAAGCAACACAAGAGCGGCAAUUUCGAAUUUGCGGUGGAUGCUCAGGAGCAGAAAACUCUGUGGUCAGCGCGCAAAGAAUCUCUAUGGAGUAUGCUUGCGUUGCGAGAAGAAGGGAGCGAGGUUUGGUCGACCGAUGUCGCUGUACCGCUCUCACGGUUACCCGACAUAAUAGAGAUAUCAAAGAAAGAAAUGGACGACCUGGGCUUAUUUGCGAGCAUACUCGGACACAUUGGAGACGGAAAUUUCCACGAAAGCAUCAUGUACAACAGUAGGGACCCCAAAGAACGGGCAGCAGUCGAAAAAUGUAUUAAAGACAUGGUGGAUCGCGCAUUAGAAAUGGAGGGAACCUGCACCGGAGAGCAUGGCAUCGGGUUGGGAAAGAAAGAUUCGCUUUUAAAAGAGCUGGGCGUCGACACGAUCAAUGUCAUGAGAAGCAUCAAACACGCAUUGGACCCGCAUUGGAUCAUGAAUCCUGGUAAGAUCAUGGACAUGUCUUCAAGUCUAGACUUCUAG